CGUUGUUAGUGAAGCCAUCGGUACCAUUUGAUAGUCCAUUUGCAAUUGCAUCACUUACAAAAGUGGACAAUAAGGAGGAACGGCGAGAGGAAAAGCCAGUUAUGCACGAUGCUGCUCCGUCAGUAUCGGAACAACGAGAUUCGUUGAAUAUCUCGGACGAUGGUGGUGAGAGUCCUGAUGAAAAUGGCAAACGAAAACAGCGAAGGUAUCGGACGACAUUCAGUGCCUAUCAAUUGGAUGAACUUGAAAAAGUCUUCGCACGUACACACUAUCCCGAUGUUUUCACAAGAGAUCGCUAUCCAUAG